AUGCAAAGUACUAAAAAGAAGAUCAGACUCUUAGUUUAAAUAAAAGAUUCAUGUCAAAAAGCAGAGAAACUUUUCCCUAAAAUAAAUAUCUCACAGAGAAUUCAGAGUUAAAAAUCUUACAAAUUCAACAUAGACGUUCUAAAAAGAUUUAAAAGAAAUAAUGGAAAAAUACGAGUGAAUUAUAAUAUUAAUAUUUAAGUAAAAAUCAGUAAUAACCAUAAAUAGAACUAAUAAAUUUUAUAAUUAAAUAAGAAACUUCAAUCAAUCAAACAAACAAAUAAAUACUUCAAAUAUAUAUAUAAAUAAAUAAAUAAAUAUAUGGCACUCAUCAAAUUUUGUAAACUAAAUAAGCUACAGCUAAUCAUUUUUCCUCAUAUCUGUAAAUAUUUAAAUUGCCUCUACAAAAAUAUUUUUUUAAUAAGAUUAAGUAAAUACUUAAAUGUAAAAUAAUCUAUACAUAUAUCUUUAUUGUAUUUUACUACCAUUAAAAAAAUAAAUCUCCAAAGUCAGUUUUAAUUUAUAAAUUAUUUGGUUGAUUAAUUAAUUGAUUAUUUUCAAGCUUCUCAGUUUAAGAUAUCAUGCAUAUCCGAGCGAGAUAUGGUGGGUUUAGCAAUUACAAAUAGUACAUUUUUCUUGUUAAAUUAUUUUAGUUAGUAGUUUAUUAUGAUGGAAUAAAAUCAUUCUAUAUAAAUUGAAUACUCCAUCUUAGUAGUUGGUACAUAUUUAUAAAUAAAAAAUAGGAUAUAACAAAUUAGAAUAUUUUAAAAUUAAAUAAUUGAUCCCAGCUUAUCAAUAAUGUUUAAACUGAAAAGAAUUAUUUGA